UCGCUUUUAGUAGGUUUUGUUCUGCUGGUGAAACGCAACGUUUAAUACGUUUCAAGUGCAUACUUAUCGAUAAAAAAACACACUCCUCAGCAUUUUUAUCACACAUUUAAUUGGAUUGAUAUUAAUUCAAUUGUACGGAAUUAAUUACAAAACACACAGAACAAACGCUAAACCAAAAACAUAAUGUCGAACCUUAAGUGCUUUGAAGAUGAAGAUUCCGAGUCCGUCUACGGACGUGUCUUUGCUGUUUCCGGUCCUGUCGUAACAGCUGAAGCUAUGUCCGGAUCCGCUAUGUACGAGUUGGUUCGUGUCGGUUACUUCGAACUUGUGGGAGAAAUCAUUCGUCUUGAAGGUGACAUGGCUACCAUUCAAGUAUACGAAGAGACAUCUGGAGUAACAGUUGGUGAUCCCGUUUUGAGAACUGGCAAACCUCUUUCAGUUGAAUUGGGUCCCGGUAUUAUGGGAAGCAUUUUCGACGGUAUCCAACGUCCAUUGAAGGAUAUUAACGAGCUUACCAGCUCCAUUUACAUUCCCAAGGGUGUGAACGUUCCUGCUCUGUCACGUACAGUUGCAUGGGAAUUCAACCCACUCAACGUUAAAGUUGGCUCACACAUCACCGGAGGAGACUUGUACGGUUUGGUGCACGAGAACACCCUCGUCAAGCACAAGAUGAUUGUUGGACCACGUGCCAAGGGUACAGUUCGUUACAUUGCUCCAGUAGGUAACUACCACGUCGAUGAUAUUAUCUUGGAGACCGAAUUCGAUGGUGAAGUCACCAAACACAGCAUGUUGCAAGUGUGGCCCGUGCGUCAGCCCCGUCCAGUCACAGAAAAAUUGCCCGCCAACCACCCAUUGUUGACUGGUCAACGUGUAUUGGAUUCACUGUUCCCUUGUGUGCAAGGAGGUACCACUGCCAUUCCCGGAGCUUUCGGUUGUGGUAAGACUGUCAUCUCACAAGCUUUGUCCAAGUACUCCAACUCCGAUGUCAUCAUCUACGUCGGUUGUGGUGAACGUGGUAACGAGAUGGCUGAAGUAUUGGGAGAUUUCCCCGAGCUGUCUGUUGAAAUCGAUGGUGUCACUGAGUCCAUCAUGAAGCGUACCGCUUUGGUCGCCAACACCUCCAACAUGCCUGUGGCUGCUCGUGAAGCUUCCAUCUACACUGGUAUCACCCUCUCCGAAUACUUCCGUGAUAUGGGUUACAACGUAUCCAUGAUGGCUGAUUCGACCUCUCGUUGGGCUGAGGCGCUUCGUGAAAUCUCUGGUCGUCUCGCUGAAAUGCCUGCCGAUUCCGGUUAUCCAGCCUACUUGGGUGCCCGUUUGGCCUCCUUCUACGAACGUGCCGGACGUGUUAAGUGCUUGGGUAACCCCGAACGUGAGGGUUCCGUGUCCAUUGUCGGUGCUGUAUCACCUCCUGGUGGUGAUUUCUCUGAUCCCGUCACAUCGGCCACCCUUGGUAUUGUCCAAGUGUUCUGGGGUUUGGACAAAAAAUUGGCUCAACGCAAACAUUUCCCCUCCAUCAACUGGCUCAUCUCGUACAGUAAAUACAUGCGUGCUCUAGAUGAUUUCUACGACAAGAACUUUGCUGAAUUCGUCCCUCUUAGGACUAAGGUCAAGGAAAUUCUCCAGGAAGAAGAAGAUCUUUCCGAAAUUGUACAGCUUGUCGGUAAGGCUUCUUUGGCCGAAACCGAUAAGAUCACUCUCGAAGUAGCCAAGCUGCUCAAGGACGAUUUCCUGCAACAGAACUCCUACUCGUCGUAUGAUCGUUUCUGUCCCUUCUACAAGACCGUCGGUAUGUUGAGGAAUAUCAUUGCCUUCUACGAUAUGGCCCGUCACUCGGUUGAAUCAACAGCUCAAUCCGAGAACAAGAUCACGUGGAACGUGAUCAGGGAAGCCAUGGGUAACAUUAUGUACCAACUUUCUUCAAUGAAAUUCAAGGACCCCGUUAAGGAUGGUGAAGCUAAGAUCAAGGCCGACUUCGAUCAACUAUACGAAGAUCUGCAACAAGCCUUUAGGAACUUGGAAGAUUAAUUCUGUUUCUAUCUACAUAAUCCUAUCGUUGUUAAUUGUAGCUUGUUAAAUAGUAAUUAAAACAAAUCAAGAUGCCUAAAUCUUAUAGAAAGAAACAUAAAAACAAUAUGUAAAUUAAAUAAUGUCUGAAUUGUCCCUCUGUUGGUUUGCAUGAUUAUUUUAAUUCCUGAAUAAGUAGCAGCCGCAUGUUUUUUUUUGUGUUUUUUUAAAAAUCUAUUUUCGUUUCCGUCACAAAAAAUGUCCUUCCAAAUGAAGAAAGAAAAAGUAUAAAUGUUGCUCAGUAUUAAAUGCACAGAAAUAUAUAAAAAGUAAAAACAUAUUUUUUUCUUUUAGUCUUGUUUAUACAUUUUUGUGAAUGUUUAAAAGUCACUUUUUAAAAAAAAUUUGAAGAAAGGCGAAAAUAACUUAAUUAAAUUUAAAUAAAUCGUUUUCGAAAUAUUGAAA